CUUUUCAAAUUUUCUGGGUAGUUCUUAUGCACUUCCUGGAAGAGUUUGAUCAGGUUCUCAGGAUUCUUUUGACUGGAAAGCCAUGUUCAAAACCUACGUUUUGGAGUUUUCUCUAGGUUUAUUAACCUGAGUUCUAGAUCCAUUUCUUGCAGAUGACGAUUAUGAAACCAUCAGCCUCGUUGGAUACUUGGAGGGACUAUUUCCUACGAGGGGAUUAUGAUAUCUUUGGGAUAAUCGAGCAUGCCAUCAUGGUCGCUGCCACCGAUUCCCCAGAGGAGUUCAAAUCCAGGAGAGACACAAUCAUCAAGCUUCUCUUCUCUUGUCAAGGGAGCAACAACAUUGGAUGUGACGAGCUAUCUAAAGCUGACGACAAAGAGACCAGCAAUGACGGUAAGACAAAUGAUGAGGCUCAUGAAGAAGGUGAGAUGAAACUGAACAAUAGUGAGAUUGUUGAUGAGGUCAUGAGGAUCAAAGAUAUCUUGUUGAACAGACAUGAUGAGCCAUCUGUGUUAUUCGAAUCCCUGACAAAGCUUGCGUCCAUGUCUAUCAGUGUUCAUCUUAUUAAGGAUACUGAAAUCGGAAAGGCUGUUAAUCUCUUGAGGAAACAUGGUUCUGAUAAGAUUAGCAAACGUGCAAAGACUCUUAUUCAAGCUUGGAAAGAGAUGGUGGACCAAUGGAUGAAAAUGCCUAAGGAAGUCGCUGAUGCUGAUGGGACACCAGAGUCUGCAACUUUGUCAAUAGUUGAUGAAGCAGAAAACUUUCCUUCUCUUCCAGAUGACCUAGAUUUUUAUGCUCCUGAACCUACUGCAUUUGAAAUCUCUCAGAUCUUAGAUUCCUUGGACUGCGAUGGAAGUGAGUUAAUAGUAUACUCUUUAGUACUUUAUUCUGUACUUGAAACCCAUCCUAUACAUGUUGACAUUCGUGGUAUGUUUUCAGAUCUUCUUGACAGUGUGGAGCCCAAACAUGAAAGAAGAGUGCAAAGUCGAAUGAUGAGGAGACCUGAUGGUACAUGUGAAGCCAAUGUGAUUGGGAGGGACAAAAAGAAUCAACAGAUGAGGAGAAAAGAAGCUGAUGUUAUGCCUAUGAGGCGCUCAACACAUGUUCUUGAUGAUCCUAGAAGACAACCAAAGCAAACCAGAGGACAAAUGGUACAUGCUACCCAAAGAAAGCCUAUUGUUGUUGCUGACCAGAAGCGGGAAAUUGCUGAAUCUCAACAAGAUAAACACAAAGCUCUUGAUGAUCAAGAGGCCAAGUUUGAGAAUGCAAAGCGGAGACUCAAAGAGAGCUACCAACAACAUGACAAGGCCAAGAGACAGAGAACGAUACAAGUACUGGAAAAUAUCCCAAAUCAAAGAAAAGCCCAGAGACCGCUACUCAAGAGACCCAUGCGAAGAUAGUUACAUUUUUCUUUGGGAUCAUGAUGUUAUUCUAUACAGUUACUAUUUUAGGGUUUUUAUAUAAUGUUUUAUUUGUCUAUUUCCAUGACUGGUUAUUGCUCAUAACAACUUCAUAGUAAAGUAAUCUCUUAGACA